CUUGUUAUAAGACAGCCCGUUCAGAGCGAGGUUGUCAUUUGGCUUCAUCGCGUUCUACGAAGAGCACAAUGUCCGGACGAGGAAAAGGAGGCAAAGGUUUGGGGAAAGGUGGCGCUAAGCGUCACCGCAAAGUCCUCCGUGACAACAUCCAGGGCAUCACCAAGCCCGCCAUCCGCCGCCUGGCUCGCCGCGGCGGCGUCAAGCGCAUCUCGGGCCUCAUUUACGAGGAGACCCGCGGCGUGCUCAAGGUCUUCCUGGAGAACGUCAUCCGCGACGCCGUCACCUACACCGAGCACGCCAAGAGGAAGACCGUCACUGCCAUGGAUGUGGUCUACGCCCUCAAACGGCAAGGACGCACUCUCUACGGCUUCGGCGGUUGAAAUCUGAGUUUUGCUCGCCGACGAAUUAAACAACAAAGGUCCUUUUAAGGACCACACACACAUUCUACAGGAGCGUUUAUGUUCUCGCUGCAGUUAUUUGAUAACCGCCUUCUUCUUCAUGCGUGUUUUCCAACGUUUGGCACGUGAAGGCACCGCGCUGUCGCCAUCUACUGGCCAGCAUGAGUCCUGGUCUUGUCGAUAAAAAUGCAACACGCCCACUUUUAGAUUUGUGUCAGGUGCUAUAUUCUAUUUUCGUUUUAGAAAUGAAAAUCAAACACUUAUUCCACUUUUCCUUACUCCUUUCAGACGACAAAAGAGUUGUCAUUUGCGAGCUCUAUCAUGCUACUUAGUCUGAGAAAUCCGGUUAGCCAUAAAAAAAUUUGGUAUCUAUACCCAUACUUUUCAAUAAUUAAAGUAGUUGUAUUAGCGAAUUGCUCUCAAUUCAUUUAGAUCUUUAAGUGUUUUCGCAAGGUUUUCUGUCGACAAACGAAUGUUCAAUGCAAGACGGACGUUUCAUUCACUGUCAGUAUUGGUGUAUUAUAAUAACAAUCAAUAUCUGUAGCAUCACUAUUUCUAAUACAAACAUGAAUGUGCUUGUCUUUUUCCAAGUUCUCCAGCAAUCUAACAAUAGUGUGAAUGCAGUGUCUUGGCACUAGAUGGCGCCAUAAUAGUAGUUCUGGGCACUCACUAUGUAGUAUGUGAGCAAAAGCGUGGUUGUGAACAUGAUAGUUUGACUAUGGAGUGACAUAAAAUGAGCUGACGCUGUACUUUGCUUCCUCAGAAACAUGCACAAUAAAAUCACAUUAUUAAAGAUUUGCUCUUUACCCGCAAUAUUAUAUCUGCUGUACAGCUAAUAAAGGCUUUCCAGGAUGAUGGUGACACUCAAUAUUAUUCUGUAUCACGGUUAGUUAAACAAGACUGUAAGCAGAUAUUUUUGUGUGUGACAAUGUUCAAUCAUCAGUGGCGGGUUUUGGCAUGUGCAAUAUGUACGGCCACACAGGGCCACAUUGUGUUUGUGUAUAAGAGGCCACCGGCAUGCUCACUUUUCCAACAAAGAGCAAACUCAUCGCAUAAAUAAAUACUCAAAUCCGA